AUGGCAGACACCCAACUGCUGCUUCAGGCAGCGGGGGCAGCCGUGCAGGAGCACCAGGCGGGCAAGCUGGCGCCAUCAGUGGAGGACAUUCUGCAUCUGGAGAAGCGCUGGAACAAGCUGCCGGGCGCCAGCGCCGGCUCGGUGUCGCUGCAAGAUGCCACCACCCUGCUGGGUGCCGAGGUGCUGGAGGGCGAGCCCCUGGAGUUUGUAGUGCGGCAGGUGUUUGGCGGCGCCGCGGCGCCGCCGCCGGUGCUGAGCAAGCGCCAGUUCCUGUCCCUGGCGCAUGUGGCAGAGGUGGCGCAGGGCAAGGCGUUCGACCUGGUGACUGCUGAGGAUGCCCUGCGGGCCCAGGAGCCGCCGGCCAGCCACAGGAAGCGGCCUCCCACCAUCAGAGACGCACACAUCGACACCUGGCACAUUGCAGCCGGGCGCGGCGGCGCCGAGCACACCGCCGCGGCGCCGCAGUACGAGGCGGCGGCGGCAGCUGUGCUGGCCACCGCCGCGCCUGGCCCGCUGGAGAGCCACCUCAGCCGCGCCGACUCGCUGGCGCUGCCCGCGGGGCCGCUGGAGCAGGGCGUGCAGGCCCUGUCCCGCCACAACUCCUCGGACGGGCUGGCGGAGAUGGCGGCAGCUGGCGGCGAGGCUCUGGAGGAGGAGGAGGCGGCGGAGGAGGAGCCAGACCAUGCAGCGGUAGCGGCGGCCCGCCUGCAGCACCAGUCGGGCGCCACCUCCUACCAAUCCAUCGAGGAGAUGGCCAGCGCGGCGGAGGAGGAGGGGGAGGUGGAGGAGGGCCGGGAGGGACUGGAUGCUGCGGACGAGUUUGCCACCAAGCUCACCGGACUGAUGCGUGCGGUCAGCGGCGACGUGGGUCGAGCGCACCCUGAAGCGCCCCCACACACCCCCGAGGGCCUGCUCCCAGCAGACGACUCUGCCGCUGCAGUGACCGCCGGCGGCGGCGAGGCGCCUGCCGCCGGCAAGGCGCGCAGCUCCUGGGAAUCGUUCAACAGCACCCCUGGCUCUGCCGGGGCGGCGGCGGCGGCCCAGCAGGCGUCUCUGGCGGCGGCGGCGGCGCACACGCCACCCCAGCAGCAGCAGAUGAACGAGGCGGUCAUAUCGGCGGCCAUGGCGGCUGGCAUGACCUUCAUGCAGCACCUGCAGGCUGCGGGCGCGGCGGGGGCCCCCGCCCCAUCGCCGUUCUCAGACGUCAACCCGCUGCGCCACGCUGCCGCCGCUGCAGCCGCCAUGGCCUCCAACCCUGGCAUGGGGGCGCCGCAGCUGUCGAGGGCGGCCUCCUUUGUGCCCCCGUCUCCAGAUGUGCACCCCCCUGGGGCCCAGCGGCCGCAGCAGGUGAUCGCCGAGAUGAUGGCACACCUGAACCUGGGGGAUGCCAGCCCCGCGCAGCUGCAGGCGGCGGCCACCACCCUGCAGCAGCAGGCAAUGGCCAUGCAGCAGCACCACCACCACCACCAGCCGGCCGCCUCCCGGCAGGGCAGCAUGGGCAGCAGCGCCGCCUCGGGCGACGCCGCCCACCACCACACGGGGCAGCAGCACAGCGCACGCAGCGAGGGCGUGCGCCGCUCCUGGCGCGCAUUCGAGGGCGAACAGGCGCAGCUGCAGGCGCAGCUGCAGGCGCAGCAGCAGGAGGCGGGCCGGCUGGUGCGGCGGCAGCGCGCCGCCGCGGCGGUUACGGUGGAUGUGCAGCCGCCUCGGGCCUCUGGGAUCGCGGGCUGGGAGCCCAUGUCUGGGGACGACGUGCACCGCUGCCGCUCCAUCUUUGCCAAAAAGGGCUACCCCGCGGUGGGCGGCAUGGAGAAGCACUGCGCCAUGGAGUACUUUGCCAAGCUGCACAUGGAGCGACACAUCUUCCACCAGGCCUGGCAGGCCGCCGACCGCGGCGGCCGGGGCCGCCUGGGCGAGCGCGACUUCUGCCUGUUUGUGCAGCUGCUGCGCGGCGCGCAGAAGGGGCGGCCGCUGCCCGCGGCGCUGUCGGAGGGCGAGGCGGCGGCGCUGCUGGGGGAGGCGCCCAUGCCGGGCGGCGGCGCCGCGCCGCUGCACAUCGACGCCGCACACCUGCGGUCGGUGCUGGGCCACAGCCGGCAGGCCUCGCUGGCGGGGCACGAGGUGGCGGAGUCGGUGCUGCAGGGCUUUGAUCCUGACGACGACGACGACGCCUCCUCCGUCGACAGCGGCAUCGCGGAGAGCGUGAGCGGCAUGUCUGUCUGCUCCUUGCAGCGCCCCUCCCACCACCCCGCCGGCGGCCACUACGCGCUUGCCCGCCCCUCGGCGCAACCCCACCACCGUACAGGGCUGGGCAGCGUGCUGGGAGGCGGCGCGCCGUCCUACCACCCCGCCGCCACCGCGCGCCCGGGCUACGGGGCGGGCGACUCGCAGGCGGCGCACAGCCAGGUGGAGGUGGCGGUGAACAGGGCGGAGGUGCGGUACCGCAAGGCGCUGUCCACCCCCAUCUUCACGCUAUCGGUGCGGGACAGCCUGGGGCGGCUGGUGGAGCUGCCCAUCGAUACGCACCCGGGGCACUACCGGCGCGAGACGAGCACCAUCCACUCCUCUGCCAUCGUCAAGCUGGCCACCCAGCUGCAGCACAUCCCGCCAGGCAGCAUCCUUUACCUCGAAAUCAAGCACUGGAAGAGCGACAAGAAGCGCUUCUCCACGCUGGCCUGGUCCUACGCCCCGCUGGACAAGCUGGUGGACUUUGGGCCCUCGGCGGCGCGGGUGCGGAACGGCCCGCUGGAUCUGCCGCUGUUCAAGAAGCCAGUGGACUUGACCCUGCGCCGCACCAAGCGGCUCACCAGCCGCGCCUUUGACCUGCACCUGACCGUGCGGGGCAUCGAGUGCGCAGCCGAGCGGCAGAUGCUGCUGGCAGCCUGCACCGCCUGGCGCGCCUGUGUAGAAUGGGUCACAGCCGCCGCCGCCGCCCUGCCAUGGCAGAAGGCCGAGAGGCAGUACACGCUCCCUUUGCUCCAUUGUCUCGGCAUCGCUGUGCACAUCACGCACAGCGGAAUUGUAGCCAGCCGCGGCGCUAUCUCGCCCGAUCAUCGUCGAUUCUUCUCCAGGCGUGCGCAGCAGGUCCCUCUCGCAGAGCGCUCCCCCGAGGUGGCGGCGUUUGUGGAGCAGGCGGAGCUGCUGCGCUGCGUGGCGCGCCUGCUGCCGCUGACGGCCGGCGGCACGGCGGCGCUGCCGCGGGACGCCGCCGCCGCCAGGCGCGCCCUGGUCGCCUACUGCAUGGUGAUGAGGGCCGACUACAUCUCGCCAGAGACCCCCACCGGCGAGUGCAACUUCCCGGAUCACCUGUCCGAGUACUUGAUGCACCUGCGCCCAGACGGGGGCAUGGGCAACCGCAUCCCCGGCUUCCCGCCGGGGCCCCUGCCGUUGGUGCUGGCCAUGUGGCACACCGCGCACCCAGACGGCACGGCGUCGGUGGCAGCGAUCAAGGACGCCAUCGCCCAGGCCUCCCACCCCAUCCUCGGGGCGGGGCUGGCCAUGCAGCUGGCGCAUCACCACCCGGGCCUGGAGCUCGUAGGCUUGUCCAACUAUGGCGUGCCAGCAGCUCGGCGGGCGGACAUGCAGGCCGCCGCCGAUGCCAGCGUGGCGGCGAUGCAGCAGAUGCAGCCCGGCAGCCUCAAGGCAGCUGAGCAUGCCGCCCUCAGCUCGAUAACGGGCCCUGGGCAGCAGACGGCCGACCUGUUUCUGCGCCUGCACGAGAUGGAUAGGCAGCAGGGCAGCGACUGGUACGUGGCCAGGGCAGCCUGCGGCGCCGCUGCGGCUUGCGCCCCCCGCGGGAAGGCCGCGGUGCGCGCAGAGACGCUGCGCGCGGCCAAGGCGGCUUUUGAGCAGUCCGAGGGCGCCAGGCGGAGGCUCAAGCGGCUGCUGCCCGAGGCGUGGAUGCAGUCCCUGGACCAGAUGGUGGCUGUUGCAUCCGCCAUGCUCGUCCUGGCGCAGCGCACCAGCCGAUCGUCUGGCCAGCAGCAGGGCAGCUCUCCUGGUGCGGGCAGCGGCAACACAGCAGCUGGCGGCAGCAGCAGCGGCAGGGAUGCCGCGAGCGGCAGCAGCGCAGGCAGGGGGGCAGGGGCUAUGCCUGACAUCAAUGCUACCAUUGAGGCCUACGCUGGCCUUGGUCGCAGCUUGAUGAGCAUGUCCCAGCACUGCGUUUGCAGCGGCUGCGGCAAGACGGCGGUGGGGCUGCGACGCUGCAGCGGCUGCCACACCGCCAGCUACUGCAGGAACAACAGGCAGGCAGCAGGGCGCCUCCUGUCAACCCCUCUUAGAGCGGCACCUCCAAGGAGCCAGGCGCUGUGGCCGCCAUACCGCACAGUUUGGGCAGUUGCACUGCGGCUGCAUGCGAUCAAAGAGCCACGCACCGAGAGCUCUGUGCCGGUGGCUGCCUCAGCAUCGGCAGGCGGCGGGGAUCGCUCAGAAGGCAGCAGGGUCAAAAUGGCGAGCCAGCACCGCGCUCUGGGCUCGAAGAGCAUCAGAAAUGAGGAGCAGGCGGGUUCCCCUACCAAGCGCCAGAAGCUGACUGCUCCCGACCUUCUGGCAGAGCUGGAGCCGGGCAGCAUCCACGAUGUCGCCAUGGCGCUGGCGCAGCUGGCAGACCGUGUCAAGGAGCUGAGCCCUGUGGCACGCUCCCAGGCCAUGAAGAAGCUGCACCAGCUGACGGAGCAGCUGGCGGCGCCUGCCUUUGGUGCCAACCCCACGCAGCGCAACCUGCCGCUGACGGGCCAGCCGCUGACGCCCGAGGUCAAGGUGCCGUUUGUGUACGCGGCGGAGCUGGUGAAGGCAGGCCUGCUGAAGGACCAAGAUGCGCGCCGGCUGCUGCGCCCGCUGCUGGCCCUGGCGGCCUCCAGCGCGGAGUGUGACAACCUCGAAGAAGCACCCUACUGUCAGCUGCAGUGGGAGCUGCUUCUGCACUUGCUGACGAAGGACAGCCUGCGCCCCUGGUCACACGAGUGCGGCACCGUGGAUGUCCUGGAGCGCGCGCUGCACCCCUCCAGCCCCGCGCCGCCUUUGGACGUCGCGCGCUCCCUGCUGGCGAAUGUGCUGCUGAGCGCGCUGCAGCGCCUGGACCUGGACGACUUCUCCGUUCUGUCGCCCCGCACAAGGGAGGUGAAGGCCAAGCAGCUGAUGCUGCACGUGGGGGAGCUUGUGGGCUUCCUGCACAGCAACUACGCCACUCACGUGGCGGGGCCCCACGGCAGCACAGACGACCGCGAUGUCCUGCUGGGCCGCAGUCCGGUGGUGGACGACAGGAACGAGGUGCAGGGAGAGGACCGCCACGUUGAGCGGCUGGUGGCCAGCUUUGCGCAGGCACGUCUGUCGACGGCUGCUGGCAGCAAGCCCCGUGGCCACACUGUCCCCAACACGCCCUGGCCCAAGUCCCUUCAGGAGGCUGCAGAGCUGCUGCAGCCGGGCAGCAGGUCAUCCAGGGCCUGCACAGCGCAGGCAGUCGAGGAGGCCAAGAGGCUGGGCGAUCGGUUCAAGGCUCUGAUGCAGAGCGGGGCGCUCGUCCCCAACUGCCUCAAGCGCCUCACGUCCAUGGAGGACCACCCCCUGUCUCGCGCCGCCACAAUGGCCUACAUGGCAUUUGCGGGGGCCAACAAGGCGGCAGAGUUUGCGCUGGCAACCCGCGAGGACAUUCUGCGCUUCCCGCUGGCAGCCAACCGCUGCCUGGCGCAGGUGAAGGCGUUCCUGGAGCGCACCGAGGGCCUGGUGUCGCGGCUGCAGGCCGCGGUGCUGAUGGCAGUGCUGCUGCUGAAGCGCUGCGCCAACCACAUGGAGGAGCUGGCGGAGGGGGUGCAGCUGCUGUCAAGCGCGGAUGGAUCCCCCGCCACCAGCAUCACCAGCUUGGUGCCGGCCAUCGACCGCAGCCGCGACCGGCGCCCCGAAGCGCCGCACGCCGAGGUGCCGCUGCAGCAGCCCUGCGCAGCGUCGCUGCUGGAGGCCGCCGGCGCCGUGGUGCAGCAGCUGCAGGACAAGCAGGCCGGGGGGGCCCUCACCAUCCCUGAACAGGCGGUGCUGGACCACUUUGAAGCUGCGGUGCAGGAGCAGGACACGAGCGCCCUCAUCCAGGCCAUCAUCAAGGCGCCGGCUCGAGCUGCGUGCCAGCUGAACACCAAAAUGUUCCGUCCUUUCUACCUGGCAGUGGAGCAUGCGGCCGACGUGCGCCGAGCCUGGCGCGGCCCGCCCGCGCAGCUCAGCUGCGCCUGCCCUGCCAGCCUGGUUCUGUGCCUGGAGGUGCCGCUGUGUGUGGGGGAUUUCCUGAAGGCACUGCGGAUGCUCUUCGACGCGAUGGUGGGCAAGACGGCGGCCGGUGCCCCGGAGGAGGCCAUGGGGCUGGUGCAUGAGGCGGUGCCACACCUCACACCCUGCUCGGUAGGCGAGAAGGUGCACAGCCUGUUGAUAGAUGCGGUGAUACCAGACUUCACCGCCCUGCACCAGCUGCUGGUGUGCGGGCGCCUGGCGGGCCCCGACAUCCUGCCCAUCCUGGAACUGUGCAACGCCCGCUCCCUGGGCAUAAGCAAGGGCCUGGGGGCGCUGCACGUCCAGGCCUGCAACCUGGCGCAAAUGGCUCGCAUGCUUGGCGUGGAGGUUCCCGCCGCCAUCCAGGGCAGGCUGGACAAGGUGGAGGCACGCCGCACUCUGAACGCCAUUCAGAACGGCUUCGCUGCCUGCGCGCUGGAUGGCAGCGCCAGCAGCGCCGGCGCCGGUGGCGAGCCCGGCUUUGAUUUUCUCAACGUUGCCAUGCACUCGGGGAGCCGCAGGCAGGCGGUGCAGCAGACUGAGGCGGCAGUAGAGGCGGCCGCCAAGGGCGACCCUGGCGCUCGUGCAGCGCUGGCGGCUCUGGCGGGCUGCAACCCGGUGGCGCCCUGCUGGCUCUCCGGCUGCCACUGGCACGGCGGCAGCCGCGGCAUGGUGCGUGAGCAGGGCGUCCCCGAGGUGGAGGCGCGGGCGACGGCGCGGCGGCGCUGA